AUGCCUCUCCGCAAAGGCCUCUGCGGCGUUGCGCAAGAUAACACCGUGUGCCGCUUCCCGCUACAGCCAACCGUUCUAUACAAGCGCAGCCAGGACAAGCUCGACAAAUCCAGCGAAUCCUCGAGGAGAUCCACCGACUCCGCCUCCAGGAGGGUCAAGGAGAAAACCAGUUGGCUCAGUCUUGGACGCCACUCCCCUACCGAACAAUGGAAGCCUGCAACAUGCGUAUUGAUGCAAGAGGACGAAGCGUGUAUUCUGCAUGUAUAUCUAGAAGUGCGUAUCCAACGCCUCGUUGUCGACAUCGCCCCGACAUCCGUUCGUUACCAGGAAACUAUGUUGUAUCAAUCGAUCUACGUAUAUUCCCUUAAUCACACAGAUAUCCGGCCUAUCCAUCAUUCACUCUUCGACCGAAAGGACUGCCUGGGCAUCUACUGCGUACCCGGCCAGAUGUGGUGUGCCGUGCCCUCCUCCGACCCCGUCUUCCUCCACUUCCCCGACGAAGACACGCUCAACCUCUGGCUCGCCCUCCUCCGCUCCUACGCUGUGCCCGAGACGUACGGCCGCUGGCUCUCGCCCUCCGACGGCGGGCUCUACCGCAUGUGGCGCCAGGUCGAGCUCACCUGCCUCCAGGGCCGCAACCUCGGCACCGCGCGCCCGCUCCCCGACACCGCGCGCGGCGAGCCGGACGCGCUCGACAUGGACGUGUACUGCGAGGUCUUCGUCGACGGCUGCCUCUGCGGCCGCACGACGGUCAAACGCGGGCUCGGCGCGCCCGACUGGCUCGAGCGCUUCGUGCUCGCGGACCUGCCGCAGUUUGAGAACCUCGAGGUCGUCGUGCUGAGGGAGAAGCGCAUGUCGAAGCCUGUGGUGCUCGGCGUGGUGUCCGUCGCGCUGAUGAACUUUAGGCGGGGCGAGCAUAUCGACGGGUGGUUCCCCGUACUGUCGCCCGUACCGGGGACGUGUGCGCAGACCGGCGAGCUGAGGCUUAAGAUCAGGGUCGACGAAGAGAUCAUACUCCCGUUCGCCGAGUAUUCCGGGCUUCUCCAGACGUUCAAGUCAAGAAACAGUCUGGACUGGCUAGUCGACCUCGAGUCACGCCUCAAGCUCAAGAACACGAUACCGCACCACAUCAUCGCCAUCGCCAUCGCCAAGGACAGGCUCGUCCACGACAUCAUGGAGAUGGCCGACCGGGAGGUCGACGGCACACUAUCAUGCAAGUCUCUCUACUCCCCGCACAACACGCUCUUCCGCGGGAACACCGUCCUGACGAAGACGGUCGAGCUCUUCAUGGCGCGCUACGGGGGCGCGUUCCUCGAGGCGAGCGUCGGUACGCCCGUGCGCCGCGUGUGCAUGGACAAGGUCACGAUCGAGGUCGACCCCGUGCGCUCAGGCAAGGGCGCGCGCAGCACGGAGAAGAGCGUCGAGGCGCUCGUGUAUUGGUGCCAGGAGUUUUGGAACGCGAUCUACGAGGCGCGGCACGCGUGUCCGGUGGAGAUGCGGAGGCUGUUUGAGCACAUCCGCCGGCUGGUGGAGAGGCGGUACGGGCUGCGGGACGAGCAGAAUAGGGACCUCCCGUCGCAGAGCGUGUCGGCGUUUGCUUCCUGCGGUUCAUGGUCCCUGCCAUCCUGCACCCCCACUUGUUCGGACUCUGGGCAGGUCAGUGGUUUCGUGUACGGCCAGAGUAAUUCGUUCUCACAAUACGUGCUUGUCAAGGUCAUCCAGAACCUCGCCAACCUGAACUCAAGCGUGCAGAAGGAGGACUUCAUGCGCGGCGUGAAGGACUUCCUGAGCAGCAGCAUCCCGCAAAUGGUCGACUACAUCGUCGUCGUCUCGACACCCGAGCCCCAAUCGCCCAGCCCCACGUCCCCGCCGCCGAACGACAAGAACGACCGGCUGCGCAUCAUGCACACCCUCCGCCAGCGCGGGCUCGCCGCGCCCGUGCUCUACCGCGAAGCGACGCCCCUCCUCCCGCACGUCCUCGACCUCCCGCGGCACCUCGCCGUCGUCAGCGCGCUCGUCGUGCGCUACGCCCGCGCGCGCAACUACACGCCCGCGACGCCCAUCCACUCCGGCACCGGCGACCACUUCGACGAGUUCUGCGCGCGGUGCCUGCAGGUCGAGGAGCGCGCGCUCUUCCGCGUCAGCCAGCUCGCGAGCAAGCCCCGCCGCCAGCCCUCGCAGCCGAGCAUAUCCUCACCGCUCGCCGCCAGUGUGCCCCUCCCUCCCUCACCGACGUCGCCGAUGAAGAUCCCGGGGCGGCGGGAACGGAGGAUAUCCCUCCCGAAGAGCCCGAAGCUUCCCAAGAAGUUCGCGCGACCGUCGACAGCGCCGGGGACUGCGGACUCGUCGCCGCGCACAGAACCGGAGUCCAUGCCGAUGAGCCCCACGAGUGAUCCAGAACCUAUGUUGUCGCAGUCAGCUCCCAACGUUGUGGAGAGUAUACCCUCACCAGACCGGAUGCGGUCUCUGCGGCGUCCAAUCGCCCCAUUCGUCAAGCACCCGCGGUCUUCGUCGACCGACUCUGCCCUCGACCGGAAAGGAAGUGGGAACGGCUGA